AUGGUGCUCAAAGAAGGGGACUGCGUCGCCAUCCGAAGGAGGACCUGGGGGCGAGGACGGAGAGGGCUAUGAGGGAGGUGCAGGAGGAGUUUGGCGAGGAUGAUGAGGAAGAGGAUGAAGACUUCGAAAUGAUUGAAAUGAGCGGGCAGCAGAACGAUGAGGACGAGGGCAGCGAGCGGGACGAUGAAAACGACGCCGAGUCAGAAGAUGAAGACGACGAGCCAAUACAGUCCGAGCCCACGAAAAAGAAGGGUUACCUUCCUGAGCAUCUGUUCGCAUCCGCAUUUUCGCAGCUUUCUUCAGAAGACGAGCCGAAAGCGAAAGCAAGGUCUAAGAAACGAGCUGCUUCGCCACCGACGAAGAGGCGGAAGCGCGUAAAGACCACAAUGAAGGGGAUCGUUGUCGGGUCGCGCGUCGUCCGCACCCUGCCAUCGCUUGCGGAUUGCCCAUCAACGAGGACACCAAAAGGCCUCGCACCUCCGCGCGCUCUGAACAAGUUCAUAGGCCGCAGGCUCAACGCGCGCGGUCACGCAAAAGACGCGAAGUUGCGUGGCUGGGAGCGGAGACCAGCGAAUGUAGGCGUCGUGAAGCGCAAUGGGCCUGCCGCCCAUUUUGUCCGGGACGAUUAA